ACAAACAGACCCCAUAGAUUGAUCAAUAAUCUCUCUCUACAAUCGAAAUGGGAAGGUGUUUAGUCUCGUCCACACCCACUCCCCUGCGAUUUUCUCAAAUAUCCAGAUCAAUUUCACUAUUUAAUCGCCCAAAACUCACCCUCCCAUCGAGUUCUUUUGCAAUUCCUCAUCUGCGAAGAGGUUUCCGAGAUGGGUUUUGCAAGACUCUGUCGUUCAAUUCUAUGCCCACAAGAACAUUGUGCACCAAAGCUGUGUUAUCUGAAAUUCCCAAUCAGAAAAAGUACUCAAAAGUUGCUUCUGAAUCAACUGGCCCCAUAUCAUCCAAUCAGCUCCUCGGUGUGGUUGAAACUGCUGCUAAAACUGGUGCUGAGGUUGUGAUGGACGCUGUGAAGAAGCCUCAAAAUAUUGUCUAUAAAGGACUCACUGAUUUGGUGACAGACACAGAUAAAAUGAGUGAGGUUGCUAUUCUAGAAGUUGUAACGAAGAACUUCAAAGAUCACCUUAUUCUUGGGGAAGAGGGAGGGCUUAUUGGCAAUUCAUCUUCUGAUUAUCUUUGGUGCAUAGAUCCCUUAGAUGGGACAACAAAUUUUGCACAUUGCUACCCUAGCUUUGCAGUCUCUGUGGGAGUUCUGUAUAAAGGAAAGCCGGCUGCUGGUGCUGUGGUAGAAUUUGUUGGAGGCCCCAUGUGUUGGAAUACACGCACAUUUUCUGCAGCUGCUGGUGGCGGUGCUUUUUGUAAUGGGCAAAAGAUUCAAGUGAGUCAUACUGAUAAGGUGGAGCAGUCACUUCUAGUUACUGGAUUUGGGUAUGAACAUGACGAUGCAUGGAGUACCAACAUAGAGUUAUUCAAAGAAUUUACUGAUGUCAGCCGGGGCGUGAGAAGGCUUGGUGCUGCUGCAGUGGAUAUGUGCCAUGUAGCUUUGGGAAUUGUAGAAGCAUAUUGGGAAUAUGGUCUAAAACCAUGGGAUAUGGCUGCUGGUGUUUUGACACAAGCUGGAAGAGAAUGGUUCCUCUGCCAAUUUACCAGGCGCUAACUGGAAGGGAGUGGUACUUCUGAUUAUCAGCGCAACACGCACAGCUAAUUUACCAGGCGCUAGCUGGAAGGGAAUAGUACCUCUGAUUCGCAACCAAUUUAUCAGGUGCUAGCUGGAAGGGAAUGGUAUCUUUCAUUAUUAGCGCAGCACACACACACAUAUUAACCAUCACAACAUGAUAAAGUACAUCCAACAAGUGUAACACAUACACACAAGUAAUCAACACAAUAAUGUCAUCCUCCACCGAUGACCAAGGACAAAACCUCUAAGCAACAUGUACUCAACUUACACAUUAACAACAAUAAUUCACACGGGACUUUAGAUCCAAUUAUAACAAUGUUGAAUUUAAAUAUUCGUGAUUCAACCCCAAGUCAAUUUCCGAAACUCCCACAAUGUUAGCAUUUCAUCCUUCCAUUUGCAAAAUCAAUUGUCUCUUCCUUCUACAUUAAUCUUCUCCACCCUUUGCCUCAAUUCAUUUAGUUUCUUUUCACAAGGGAGUAUGACCAACUCACAUUCUUUCAUUUUAGAUAAAUGAUUUCAAUCCUAACUAACAAGGUUAAUAUUUACUCAAUUUCUAUAUAACGGUAAUUUAACACCACAACCUUCAAAUCUCAUGAUUAAAUUCCUUUUUAACAAUUAACAACUUGUCACUUUGUUAGAUUUAACUAAAAUCAACUCAACACAAGUUAAAUACUAAAAUUUAUGAGAACCCAGUUUAAUCACAAGUUAUUGCCAAGUCAAUAAUCAAAUCCUUAAUUCAUAACAUGAUAAUUUCAUUACUUAA